AUGGCGCGCCCUGGCUGCCAGGAAAGGUGCGGCAACCUCAGCAUCCCCUACCCUUUCGGCAUCGGCCGCGGCUGCUUUCGCAGCGGCCUUGAGGUCACAUGCGACCACAGCACCGGAAGAGCCUACCUCGGUGGCGAAGGCAGUAAUGUCUGGGCCUUCGAAAUCUUCCUGCUGCAAGGGGAGGCUCGAGUCCACAAGCAUCUGACGUGGGACUGCUACGAUGGCAACGGCAUCAGCAAUUUCAUUAGAUCCCCCAUAGAUCUACAUUCUUACCAGAUAUCGCACACCAAGAAUAAGUUCACGGCAGUUGGAUGCGACACCAUCGCCUUCAUCCAAGGUGAAAACACAAACUCCUACACCAGCGGAUGCGUGUCCUUCUGCAGCAGCGAGGCGAGCGUUGACACCAGUGGCCAGUGCACCGGCAUGGGUUGUUGCCAGACAUCCAUCCCAGCAAACCUCACGUACUUCAACACCACCUUCUCAACAAGGCGGAGUGCAAGCGUGCUGGGCUUCAACCCGUGCAGCUAUGCGUUUGUGAUCGAGACCCAACAGUUCAGGUUUGAUAUCUCUGAUCUUGCAGGCUACAAUUUUGCUCAUAAGUACAGUGAUGGCGUGCCUCUGGUGCUCAACUGGGUUGCUGGGAAAGAAUCCUGUGACGAAGCCAAGAAGAAUAUGUCAUCCUAUGCAUGUCGAAGCAAGAACAGUGAGUGCGUUCCUUCAGACAAUGGCCCGGGGUAUCUCUGCAACUGUUCCAGCGGCUAUGGGGGAAAUCCAUAUCUAGAAGAAGGCUGCCAAGACAUCGAUGAAUGCGCCUUCCCUGAGCAGUAUCUUUGCCUUGGCCAAUGCACUAACACAAUUGGAAGCUACAGCUGUAUUUCUAUCAGCACAGUCUUUCUCCUUGUUUGCAUCUUUCCUCUGGUAAUCGAGUGUCAAAAGAGAAAGCUCGUCAAAGAGAAGGAUGGUUUCUUCAAGCAAAAUGGUGGGUUUAUUUUACUUGAACAAAUGCGAUCAAGACGAGUAGAAACAGUAAGAGUAUUCUCGAAAGAAGAACUAGAGAAUGCAACUAACAAUUUUGAUAAGAGAAGAGAGCUGGGAAGAGGGGGGCAUGGCACGGUAUACAAGGGGAUUAUGGAGGAUAAAAGAACUGUAGCCAUAAAGCGCUCGAAAGUUUGCAACACAAAUCAGAAGGAUGAAUUCGUGCAGGAGAUCAUUAUACUUUCUCAAAUAAACCACAAGAAUGUGGUCAGGCUUCUAGGUUGCUGUUUAGAAGUGGAAGUUCCUAUGUUGGUCUAUGAAUACAUCCCAAAUGGCACUCUCUUCCAGUUGAUCCACAGUGAAGGGCCAUCCAUCUCAUUGGAUGACAGACUAAGAAUAGCCAUAGAAUCUGCAGAAGCGCUAGCGUAUCUCCAUUCAUCUGCAUUCCCCUCCAUAAUACAUGGAGACGUGAAAUCUUCAAACAUUCUCCUAGAUGACAAACACAUGGCAAAAGUGACUGAUUUUGGUGCAUCGCACAUGCUUGUGAAGAAUGAGACCCAUUUUAUGACAGUUGUCCAAGGAACUCUCGGCUAUCUAGACCCUGAAUAUCUGCAGGAACGGCAGCUAACAGAGAAGAGUGAUGUUUACAGUUUUGGGGUUGUGAUUUUGGAGCUAAUCACGAGGAAGACCGCAAUCUAUUCUGAGGAUUCCAGUGAACGGAAAGGACUCGCAUCAUCUUUCGUGAUGGCGAUGAAGGAGAACAAGCUUCAAGAUAUGCUGGACAAAAGCAUAGUAGGGGUAGUAGGGAUGGAGCCAGCACUUGGAGCAAUUUCUGAACUCGCGAGGAAAUGCCUCAGUAUGAAGGGGGAAGAGCGACCACAGAUGACCGAAGUUGUGGAGCAGCUUAAACUAAUAAGAAGAACCUGCUGCCAAGAAAAGUUGACAGAGUAUAUGAUCCAGGAACAGAAAAUCAAUAUGCAAAACCUUGUACGAAUUAUCCUUCCAACAUUGCACAAUACAGAAGCAUCGCCAUAG